GUCGUCAUCCGCCGGCCAGUGACGCCGCCUCCUCCUCCUCCUGCGCCGCCACCAGUCACCGCCAGACCGCUACCAGCGCCAGCACCACCUCCUCCCCCUCCCCCAGCUGUCAUUGAGCCGCCUACCUUACCGGACAUGAUCGACGUCAUCGCGGUCGACGUCGACCCCUCCGAGACAUGCAGCAGCCGUUCCUCGCGCAAGUCCCGCUCCCCCGGCGCACACCGGCGACGACGCUUUCGCUCCCGCUCCCGCUCCCGCUCCCGCUCCGAGUCUCGAGACCGCGACACCGAGGUCGUCAUCGAGCGGGAGCGCUUCGUCCCCGUGCCCGUGCCGGUCCCGGUCCCGGUCCCGACCCGGAGGGAGCCGGAGCUGGAGACGUUCCGGUACGUGGAGGGCCUACCGCCCGCGCCGCGCGAGAAGAGGUGGACCAGUGGGUGGGCAGGGCGAGAGGCGAGCGAGGAGAGGGAACGGCAGAUGAUCACGGUGCGGUUGGAGGACCGGUGGAGGGAGCGGCGAGACGAGGAGGAUGAUAACGACUAUGAGUGCCAUGCCAGGGGAGCGUGCGGCCGUGGACAUGGUAGGAGAAGCUAUGAUGCUGGUGGGUAUGGCAGGGGCUGAUUGUGUACGGGGGGAUCUGAGGAGCUCGCUUCGGUGAUUUGGGCGAUGUCGCUUUUCCGAACUGGUAUUCUUCUUCGUAGGAGGCAUUAGAUGGAUCGAAAGUCGUCCAGGUUCCAUAUGAUGUUAGGACGAUAUGUGUUACGAGGAUACUAUCUGGACAGUAUAAAGGGUUGCAAGCUUU